GCGCAGCCAACGCCUCCAAAUAAGUACGUACGCGUUCCGUUCCCGCGCGUCGAAAAAGCUAAUUCCACAUGGAAUGGAGCUGAAAAGACACAUGGCCUGAACCUCCUCAAUUGUUUCAAACCCAUCAUACAUACUCUCCUCGCCUGUCGACCCUGAGCACGACGCUAACCCUCACCCGCUUAAAUAGAACACGGUCUAUCUCUUGCCGCCAAACAAAAAGCAGCCAUCCUCUAUAAACCCUUUCUCUCUCGUCUCGACAUCGAAUCGACCGACCUCUCGUCACCCGCCAUCACCUACCGACGCCUAACAAUCAACCACCCUUGCGACGUCCCAUCCAUCACAUCACGCCGACACCAUGUCUCGCAUCCAGAUCCCCCUCGACGCCUUGACGUCUCGCCUCAACCUCCAGGAUCGCUUUAACAGCAUGCGUUCCGGUGGCUUGAGCGGACGCUUCGCCAACCUGCGUCCCAUCUCCGAGUUCCUCGACAUGAAGCGCCUCUCCAAGCCCGCCAACUUCGGCGAGGUCCAGUCGCGAUGGAACUACAACCUCUCCUACUUCUCCAGCAACUACAGCGUCGUCUUCCUGAUGCUCAGCGUCUACGCCCUGUUGACAAACUGGGUGUUGCUGUUCGACAUCAUCUUUGUCAUUGCCGGCAUGUUCCUCAUUGGCAAACUCGACGGUCGUGACCUCGAGAUCGGCACAUUCAGAGCCACCACCUCCCAGCUCUGGACCGGUCUCCUCGUCAUCUCCGUGCCCCUCGGCCUGUAUGCCUCGCCCUUUGCGACGCUGCUCUGGCUCGUGGGUGCUUCCGGCGUGGUCGUCCUCGGCCACGCCGCUUUUAUGGACAAGCCCAUCGAUGAGGCUUUUUCCGGGGAGGCGGUCUAGAUGGUCGGCCGCGAGCUCCCAAAUUUGCGCCCCAGUGGGGAAGACCAUCAAGGCGCGGGCGGAGGAAAGAGGGAGCGCCGCAACAGGGGUCCUGGGAGGAUGGAAGGAGAGUUGUCGAGGAACUGGAGACAGACUUGGAAGAUUCAGAUACGCAACGCGUUGGUUUGCUUUCGCGAGGGCAGCGGUUUGCCAGCGACCCGCUCCGCUUUACGGGUACGGACUUGAGUGGCAAGGCUGCUGUGCUGCGGAGAGGACACGGAUAUCGGCACUCAGAUGAGGAGGAGGAGGAGGAGGACGACGACGAGGACGACA